GCUAUCAGGUUAUCCAAAUUAUAUUGAUGCUGAAUAAAGUGCCAAUAACGCUCGCUCCCAUCCCUCGAAAUAAUAGCGGUUUUCCACAGCAAGACAAUGACACCAGCUUCCCGCCGUGAGCUCCGUAGGCAGGUUGUUAUCUAUGAACACGAAUCUCGUCUCAAGCUUACGUGUGUAUCUAUGGCUUCGUGUCUGCUUACCUACCUACCUAGUCUUAGUCAAAAGAGUAUCACCACACUUCCUCCUAGAAGUAUUUCCACUCUACCGCAAGCCACUUUGCAACCAGCCUUACAACUUUCAGUACCUGACUAUGACUUCGACCGAGGAGACGAAGCGCCUGGAUGAAACCAAUAAUGAAGUGGUAGAAUACGAUUCGGACGGGAGAUCCACGACACCAUACGUUGUAUACCCAGAAGAUGGCUACCCUUCUGACGAAACACACCCUCUUCACCAACUCCUCGAAUCUUUCGGACCUCAAUCGGAAACCAAAUUAGACAUACGUAUAUCAACGGUUAUUGGGAUAAUGUAUUGGACACUCCAUCCAAAGGCGUCGGAAGUGAAGAUACUAGAGGAAAGUUCUAUGGUGGGUAUUUAUCUGGUGGUUGGAUUUUUUGGCUUCAUACCUGCGGUAAGGUUACUGAUAAUUGAUAUUUACAGGUCAUUAGUGCAACGCCACAAAGGCUAGUGAAGCUUAGUGAGUUGUGGAGUUUGAGAGCUCAGUAACUUUUUUGGGAGGAUGGUCGUUCGGUUGGUUACUGUAGAAGUCACACUGUGAAAGGUCGAAGUUGAUGUUGUAUCCCUCGUUUUCCUUGAUCGGCAAAAAGCAUCUGUACGGAGUAAAAUUCAUUUACCUAGGCAACCUUCCGGGCCCUUGACAGAUAGAUAGCCUCACCCACCUCGAAUAUAAUUCUAAGCGCGACCCAUAGAACUCACAACCUUCAUUGUUUAAUCACAUUCUCUACAUCUCCCAAUGCGAAAUUAAUUAUGUCGCAAUCUCACUCUAUACUAUCAUCGCUGAUUCUCCUUGUUGCAAUUAUCUUCUGUAUCCCGCAUGCCAUCGCAGCACCUUGGACCACGGAUGGUCAUGCUCAAUUAUCAACUGUAACCCCGCGACAUCCUACACAAGAACCAUCGGGCAUUAGAUACCGCAAUGUGAUUCCCCAAUUGACCUGGUUGUGUGAUACUGCGAUAGAAAAGAUAUUUGGUCUCCCUCCAAAGGUCGCAAAGAGACCUGGUGUUCCAGGAAAUGUUGCGCGACCUACCAAUGCCCAACUUCCAGCGACUUUACUGGCGAAAUAUGGCGGCGAUGUGGUUCUGCGAUUCAACCUCAGUACUCCGGCAGAAGAACAGGCUUUGGCUGAGGCGGCAGAUACACUAUUUUUGGAUGUUUGGGAAUUUACAAGCAAUUGGGCGGACAUUCGUUUGAGGGAAGAUGAUGUAUGUCAAAUCAUCGUUAGAUGUUGUCGCAAUGCUAACUGCUGGAAUAGGUCCCCUCUUUACUCGGCCUUUUGCCAAAAUCUCUACAAACUGCAUACUCUCAUCUGAUGCCUGACUUGGCGAAAAGUAUUUAUCAAUCCUACCCAUCGAUGGCAUAUGCAGAUGCAGCCUUUUCUUCGAAGCAUGUUGAAAGGGCAUUCACUCCAGCUUUGAGAACUAGUAAGGUCGAGGGUGCGGAUAAUAUAUUCUUUCAAAAUUAUCAACCACUGUCCGUCAUUAUACCAUGGAUGCGCCUCAUGUCUUCCAUGUUCUCAACGCAUGUUCGAAUGAUCAACAUCGGAGUUUCUUAUGAAGGUCGCGAUAUCCCGGCUUUAAGAAUUGGUGUAUCACCAAAUCUACCUUCAGAAACAACCAAGCCACGGAAAACUAUUAUCUUAUCUGGUGGGUUUCAUGCUCGAGAAUGGAUAUCAGUUAGCUCCGUGACGUACGCUGCUUGGUCUUUAAUUACUUCUUAUGGGAAAUCGCCAGCUAUCACAAAGCUUCUCCAGGAAUUCGAUUUCGUCCUUAUUCCUAGUAUUAAUGUUGAUGGAUAUGUGUAUACCUGGGAGAACGACCGUUUAUGGCGCAAAAACAGACAGCAGACCAAUCUUCGAUUCUGUCGCGGCCUCGAUUUGGACCGUGGAUUUGGUUUUGAAUGGGGUUCAUCGACUCAAAUUAACCCUUGUUCCGAAAGUUAUCCAGGAGACGCACCUUUCCAGGCUGUUGAAUCGCAUAGAUUUGCGGAAUGGGCUAAGAAUGAGACCGAGAACAAUAAUGUUCAUUUUGUUGGUUUCUUGGAUUUACAUUCGUAUUCCCAGCAAGUCUUAUAUCCUUAUUCUUAUUCCUGUUUAGCCGAUCCACCUAGUCUAGAAAAUCUGGAAGAACUAGGCAUAGGACUUGCAAAGGCCAUUAGAAUAUCUAGUGGGGAACAAUAUACUGUUGCUUCUGCUUGUGAAGGUGCUAUCUCUUCGAAAAUCCCAGGCCACUCAUCGACAUCUAGAAUGGAAAUGGGAGGAGGCUCCGCUAUUGAUUGGUUUUAUCACGAAUUAGGAGUUCGUUACAGCUAUCAAAUUAAGCUGAGAGAUACUGGAAGUUAUGGAUUCUUACUUCCAAAAGAGAACAUUGUUCCUACUGGUGAUGAGGUAUUCAACGUUAUCAAAUACUUUGGUGAUUUCCUUCUUGGCGACAAAGGUAUUGAGAAAGCAAAAUCUUCAAAUGAAGACUCGAUCACAGAACCCGUCAAAUUAGAAUCACCCCUUGGAGUUAAGGAAGAAGAGUCGGUGAUUCCUAAUGAGCUAGAAGACGAAUAUGAAGAUAUCAACUGGGAACUGAAGCGGAGGAGGCGGGGGUAAACAAGAUAAAUUGAUAUUGAUAUUUAUAGGCGUUGUGGUAACCAGGUAAUACCUUCUGGAUGAGGCACUUGUAGGUUGUAGGCGUUAGAGUAAUCACAGUAAUUACAAAAUUGAAUUCACAUGUUAAUACUCCGUACUAAGGUACUUGGUAGAUAUAAAUACUCCACAUGUAAAUCAUUCACAAGGCAUAAAAUUACCCAUCCAACCACUAUUGCAUACUCUGCACAUAGCUCUGCAUACCUAAAUAGUUGUAAUUAGCACAUACCGCACACAUAUCACGACAUGAGUACAUAAGAUACCUAGGUAGGCA